CCACCCCCCGCGCAGUGCACGCCGGGAAGCGGCGGGGCUUCCCCAGCGCGUGCGGGCGCGGGAAACGGCGGCGGAGGGGAUUCCCCCCUCCCCCUGUGACGUCAUGGAGGAGGAGAUGGAGCCGCUGCUGGAGGGGGAAGGGUUCCUGGACCUAUGGAAUAUGCUCCCGGACAGCAUCCAUUCACUGCCAGAGGAGCCUCCUGCAUGGGAGCUGAGCCGUUGGAACCGGCCCCCCCCCCCCCCCGCGCCCCCCUGCCCGGUGGUACCGUCCACGGAGGACUAUGGCGGCGACCAUGACUUCCGGCUGAGCUUCCGGGAGGCGGGGACGGCCAAGUCGGUCACGUGGACGUUCUCCCUGGCCCUGCACAAGCUGUUCUGCCGCCUGGCCAAGCCCUGCCCGGUGCAGGUGUGGGUGGGGGCCCCUCCCCCCCCCGGGGCUCUGCUUCGCGCUGUCGCCGUCUACAAGCGCUCGGAACACGCGGCCGAGGUCGUCAGGAGGUGUCCCCAUCAUGAGCGCUGCGGGGGAGGGGCUGAUGGCCUGGCCCCCCCCCAGCACCUGAUCCGGGUGGAGGGGAACCCCCAGGCCCGUUACCAUGACAACGAGACCACCAAGAGGCACAGCGUCACCGUGCCCUACGAGCCCCCCGAGGUGGGCUCUCCCUGCAGCACUGUGCUCUACAGCUUCAUGUGCAACAGCUCCUGCAUGGGGGGCAUGAACCGGCGCCCCAUCCUCACCAUCCUCACCCUGGAGGGGCCCAAGGGGCAGGUUCUCGGCCGUCGCUGUUUCGAGGUCAGGGUCUGCGCAUGCCCAGGCAGGGACCGGCGCAUAGAGGAGGAGAACCAGAGCCGGAGGGGCGGGGCCGGGGGCGGGGCCAAGCGCGCUCUGCCCCCCCCAGUUGAAGCCCCUGAGAGCUCCAAGAAGCGGGUGCUGAGCCCUGACAAUGAGGAGUUCUCAUUGGUGGUCCGCGGCCGCCAUCGCUAUGAGAUGCUCAAGAAGAUCAAUGAUGCUCUGGAGGCCUAUGAGGGGGGGGCAGCACCGGAGAGACCGGUCAAAGGUCGCCGGUCCCGGGGGGCGGAGCUUGUGCCUCGCCGUGGGAAGAAGCUGCUGGUGAAGGGGGAGGGGCCGGACUCGGACUGACCACGCCCCCCUCCUCAAGCCCCGCCCCCUCCUGAAGCCCCGCCCCCUACAGCACAACAGCGCCCCCUAUUGCCUCCAAUAGCCACUGCCAUGGGCCUUUAGCCCCGCCCACCGCUACGUGGCCACGCCCACUAUGGCCACGCCCCCUCCCCCUAUGGCCACGCCCCCUUCGCUCCUUAUAUGGCUUUUUUAUACAUUAAAUGAGUUUUGUAUCGCCCCUC